AUGACUGAUAAUAAUAAUAGCGAAUUGAUUACUCUUUUUCAAAAGAUUGGUUUAACUGAACAACGUGCCAAAGAUACCGCUAAAAAUAAAAAACUUGCACCAACUUUAGAAUCGACUAUUAUCGAAGCUGGUUUUAUUCAAAAUGUUUGUGAUAAAUCCGUAGGUGCAUUACUUUAUACACUUGCUUCGACUGUGAACAAGGACGCUUCACAUCACUUGGGUUAUCUUGCUCGUGCUAUUAGUAACAAUAAAUUAAAAAGUUCAGAUCAGGUUGCUGCUGCCAUAAAGUUUGCUGAGAAUUCAAAAGAAGAAAUUAAUGAAGAAGAAUUUAACAAAGCUUGUGGAAUUGGCGUUGUAAUAAGUCACGAACAAAUUGCUACAUCAAUUACAACACACCUUGAGACCAAUCGUAAUAUACUUAUCAAGGAGAGAUAUAAAUCAUUGGGAUCUUUACUUGCUAAAGCAAAACAAAUUCCCGAAUUAAGAUGGGCUAAUGGUGUUGAUAUAAAAAAUGAACUGGAAAAACAGGUGAUCACAAUAAUUGGUCCUAAAGACGAGAGAGAUUUGGUGGUUAAAGAAGGAGAACUUUCCAAACUUCAUAAACCCGGAGGUAAUAAACAAAUUAAACCUGAAUUAAUGGAAAAGCAUCUCAAGGAAACCGGCGGUAAAGUUAUAACUAGAUUUCCACCUGAACCUAAUGGAUAUUUACAUAUUGGUCACGCGAAGGCAAUUAAUGUAAAUUUUGGAUAUGCAAAAGCACACAAUGCUGUAGAGUGGUUAGGAUUUACGCCAUAUAAAAUCACGUAUUCAUCUGAUUAUUUUGAUAAAUUAUAUAAUUUGGCAAUUGAAUUAAUAAAACGUGAUAAGGCAUAUGCUUGUUCUUGUACACCAGAAGAAAUGCAUGAAAUGCGUGGAGGUGAUAGUGGAGGUGAAAGAAAUGAAUGUAUACAUCGUAAUCGUCCAAUUGAAGAAUCAUUAAUUGAAUUUCAAAAAAUGAAAGAAGGUCGAUAUAAGGAAGGUGAAGUUACUUUACGUAUGAAGAUGGAUAUGCAAAGCGGAAAUCCUCAAUUUUGGGAUUUAGUAGCAUAUCGUGUCCUUUAUACCCCACAUCAUCGAACUGGAGAUGAAUGGUGUAUUUAUCCAACUUAUGACUAUACACAUUGUUUAUGUGAUUCAUUCGAAAAUAUCACUCAUUCAUUAUGUACUCUUGAGUUUCGAAUGUCAAGAGAAUCUUAUUAUUGGCUUUGUGAUGCUGUAGAAGUUUACAAACCGGUGCAAUUUGAAUAUAAUAGAUUAAAUAUCAAAAAUACCAUUAUGUCAAAACGUAAGAUUGCAAAACUUGUCAAUGAUGAUUAUGUAAAAGGAUGGGAUGAUCCUCGAUUAUAUACACUUCCUGCUUUACGUAGACGUGGAGUUCCUCCCGAAGCAAUUAAUGGAUUUGUUCAAGAUUUAGGUGUCACGACAUCAAAUUCAACAAUUCAAGUUUCUCGAUUUGAGAAAUAUGUUAGGGAUUAUCUAGAUUUGCAUGUUCCAAGAUUAAUGAUAAUUGUAAAUCCUAUCAAGAUAGUACUUGAGAAUUUACCUAAUGAUUAUUUCGAAGAAUUUGUUGUUCCUUUUAAACCUAAAGACCCCGCUAUGGGUGAACAUAAAGUUCCAUUUGGUAAGAUUAUUUAUAUCGAUAGAUCAGAUUUUAGAGAACAUGACUCUCCUGAUUAUUUUCGACUUGCGAUGGGAAAAUCUGUUGGUCUUUUACAUGUGCCAUAUUCUAUUACUUGCAUUGGUGUCAAAAAGGAUGAUAAAGGCAAUAUUAUUCAAUUGUCCUGUCGUUAUGAAAAUGAAAGUGAUAAAAAGAAACCAAAAACUCAUAUUCAAUGGGUAGCUGAAUCUAUCAAACAUGAUUCACCUAUUCGUCUUCAUGAAAUAAGGAUUUAUAACAAUCUUUUUGUUUCCGAAAAUCCCACCGCACAUCCAAAUGGUUUCUUGGCUGAUAUAAAUCCCAACAGUCUUGAGAUUACAUCAAAUUCAUUGGCUGAAAUUGGAUUACGGGAAAUUUUUUCACGUACAUUAAAGAAUUCUAAAAAUGAAUUUGAAUCUGUUCGAUUUCAAGCUAUUCGGGUUGGCUAUUUUUGUCUUGAUAAAGAUUCAAAUUUAGAUGAUCCUAGUAGUAAUUGGCAGGAUAAAAUAGUUUUAAAUAAAAUUGUCUCUCUUAAAGAGGAUCCAAAAAAGGAUUCCAAAUAA